GCUCACGACACGAGCGCGCGCGCGAGAGAGAGUAUAUAUUGUGUUUAAGCACACGGGUGUCUGUAGCGCAGGGGAACAGGUGUGUAAUAUCCUUGUGUGGCUCAAUUUGGUUUGGAUUUCGGAUUAAUUUAAGGGUUACUAGCAUCUACCAGAAGACCCCAUCAUGCCUUCACCUAGACACAGCAGCAGCAGUAAGCGGACUCCUCACCGAAUGUCACAUCACACGUUCUCGCACUACCCCGACGAGCAAGUGCUCCACUUCUACCGCUGGACAUCGCCGCCCGGUGUGAUGAAGAUCCUGAGCAUCAUUGUCAUCAUCAUGUGCGUGGCAGUGUUUGUGUGUGUGGCAUCCACGCUGGCGUGGGACUACAACAUGGAUGGCAUGGGACUCGGAGGCUUUGGCAUGGGCGGCAUGGGUGGUAUGGGUGGUAUGGGUGGUAUGGGUGGUGGGGGUUACUACGGGUCGAACAUGUACGGAGGCGGCAUCGGUAGCGGGUCAUAUGGCUAUGGGGGCGGCUACGGCGGGGGUUACGGCGGGGGCUACAUGGACCCUACGACAGGCAAGGGCUUCAUCAUCGCCAUCGCCGCCAUCACUUUCAUCACCAUUCUCGUCAUCUUCAUCCUUGUGGUUUCAAGGCAGAACUCAACCAAGUCCUCCAGGUUCUACCUGGUGAGUAUCGUCAUCUGUGCGAUCCUGGCUUUGCUCAUGUUCAUCGCUAGUGUGGUGUACCUAGUGGCCGUCAACCCCAUGGCACAGAACAGCGGAUCCAUGAUGUACAGCAUGAUCUGGCAGUUGUGUUCCCAGUACCAGAACCAGAACCAAGCACAGGCAUCAGCCCUUAUAAUCAACCAGUACAUGUAUCACUAUUGUGUGGUGGACCCUCAGGAGGCCAUUGCUAUUGUUUUGGGAUUCCUGGUGAGCAUAGGACUCAUCAUUAUGAUGGCGUUUGCCAUUAAAAGCCGUUCCCAGAUUAACCGGUAUGGGAUGCACCGCGUGCUCUGGGAGGAACCCCGUUCUGUCAAAGAUGGCUUUCCUCAUGGCGUCGAAAAAUGGGUGACUGAUGUGUCCGGGGAGCCAGAGGCUUACGUGAACGAUCACAACACUCAGAUCGGCAGUUCAAGGAAUUAUCUUGACCAAACCCUGGAUGUGUCGAAACCACUCUAUCUGCCUGGUGACUCCUCCGAUACGACCAGCACGACGAUCGUAUUGAAAGGCCGAGCGAGAGACUAUGACACCGGAGCAGAAUCGGCGGAUGAGCUGGACGACGCCGAUUACGACAGUGAGUUCCCUCCCAUCUUGAACGAAAGAGAGCGGUUGGACUACAAGCGUGAGUUCGACCGCGAUCUCAUGGAGUACAAGCAUCUGCAGGCCGAGCUCGACGACAUCAACCUGGGCCUGGCCGAAGUGGACAGAGAGCUCGACGGCCUUCAGGAGGGAAGCCCACAAUUCCUGGAUGCCAUGGAGGUAUACACCCGACUGAAGAAUUUGAAAAGGUCUUCAGAAUACCAAAUGAAGAAGAAGAGAAGCAAGCAGCUGAAAGCCAAACUGUCUCUGCUCAAGAGGAGGGUGAACGAUUACGACCGGAGACCAUGAGCAGCUCGGGCACCUUGUGUUUUUGUUUUCUUGUGUAGCUUUUCCAUGCUUUUUGUCACCCCUGUUCGGGCCUCGCAGCUUAUUGUGACGUUACUGCUUUUGAGCCAUUACAAAAACAAUAAGCUUUUUUUUUUUGCUCAUCUAGGUUUAUCAUACAUUUUUGUUCUACUACUGUAACAUCAGCUCUUUUGUGUGUUUUUAUUUUUAUUUUAUUUUGAUGGCUCUUUGCUGUAUGAUAACCAGUGACGUGAGAAAUGUGAAACCAAAGCAGGAUGCAGAUUGUUCUUUGCCUUAAAGUUCAGUAUCUUGCUGUUUUUAAUCAGGGCAUGUGUGUGUACCGUGCCUCUUCUGUAUACUUUUGUUUUUUUUAAAUAAAUAUGAAUAAGUUUUGGGAUCGCACUCGGGCCGAGAGCUGCAGCACUGAACACCGCGGUCCAGCGUGACCACUCGAACAAAAUAAAUGUGCAGAUCGUUCCAGCCACAUAAACUUACCUCUAAUUAGGACAUUAAAUACAGGAAGAAACUUUCAAUUUUGACCAAUUUAAUCAUCAGGGUUGUCGGAUCAACAAAUACAAAGUGUUUCAUACGUGUAUAUACCGAAGGGAAUAAAAGUUUCUGACAUUUUUUU